AUGGGGAGGAGGGCAUGCUGUGCCAAGGAAGGGGUGAAGAGAGGCGCAUGGACGAGCAAGGAGGACGACACCUUGGCCUCCUACGUCAAGGCCCACGGCGAAGGCAGGUGGAGGGAAGUCCCUCAAAGAGCUGGUCUGCGUCGGUGCGGCAAGAGCUGCCGGCUGCGGUGGCUUAACUACCUCCGGCCGAACAUCAAGCGGGGUAACAUCUCCGACGACGAAGAGGAGCUCAUCCUCAGGCUGCACGCCCUCCUCGGCAACAGGUGGUCUCUCAUUGCUGGCAGGCUGCCCGGCCGAACAGACAACGAAAUCAAGAACUACUGGAACAGCACCCUCGGGCGGAAGGCGCUUCCCGGCGCCGGCCGACCCCGACCCGCCACCACCAGGAUCAUCACCACGCCUGGCGCCUCCAGCUCUAGCUCCUCCACCGCUGCAGUAAUGCUGGCCAACCCAGAGCCUGCCGCUUCUCGCGCGGCGGCGCCGUCGUCAGCCGUGUGGGCGCCAAAGGCCGUACGGUGCACCGGCGGCCUCUUCUUCCGCCCGGAGACGACACCGGUCGCGGAGACGCGGACCGGUGGAUCAGGAGGCGGAGAUGACUGUAGCGGCAGCAGCUCGGUGGCGUCGGAGGUCGCGGCCGAGCCGUGCGACUGGAUGGACGACGUGAGGGCUCUCGCGCUGUUUCUCGAGUCUGACGAGGACUGGGUAAAGUCCCUGCACAUGGCAGAGUAA